CUCARCAAAAAUCAAUUAUUUUAGACAAAUAUAUAUUUACGCUUUCCUAUACUGGGUCUUUUCUACAAUACCACAGACCAUGUUCAAGGUUGUGGUUGUACUUUUGUUGGUUUGCCGUUCUGCCUCUCUGUCUGUGAGCAGAAGACGGUCUAUACGGAGCUCACCAGAAUCUGAAUGUGGAGAAAUCAAGGACAACACCCUCCAUAGUCCGAACUAUCCAAGAAAUUACCCCACAAACACCCACUGUAUGUAUACCAUACCAGUACAUCAAAACACAGUAUUGAAUCUGAAGUUCGUCGAUUUUGACAUGGAAGACUCGUCAGAUUGCAGUUAUGAUUACGUUGAGGUCCGGGAUAAUGAACAAAGCUAUGGAAAGUACUGCGGUCGUUCUCUGCGUGGCAGUAACAUCAUGCUUGAGGACACACCGUAUGUAAAUGUUAUCUUCCACUCAGAUAAAAGCUUGUCUAAGAGAGGGUUUCACAUCAAGUACGACUAUGCAAACAAACACGGUAUGUAUAUACACUAAGUCCCCGGGGAGGGAGGUGGAGGGGGAU